AUGGCGCCGCCUUUUCCAUCCCCAACUGCAACAUGGCAUACGGAGGGCUACCCAGCCAUCUCUCCCAACCGUGCUGAGCUUUCUGCCAAGGGUAAAGCAGUGAUAGUGACUGGAGGCGGUAGUGGAAUCGGUGCAGAGACAGCCAUGUCUUUCGCAGUUGCGGGUGCUUCUCGAAUCGCCCUUCUUGGCCGCCGGGAGGAGCCCCUUCUUGUGACCAAAGCAUCCAUCGAAGAGAAGUUCGCCAAUAUCGAGGUAUUCGUGGCGUCUACCGAUGUCACCAACAAGGAACAAGUUGAUCAAGCCUUCGCAAGCUUUGCUGGAUCCGCAGAAAUCGAUAUUUUGGUGAGUGGUGCGGCCAUGAUUGGCCCCCAGGAACCUGUCCGGGAUGUGGAUGGUGAGAGGUUCCUGCACGCUAUUGAUCAGAAUCUGCGAGGAUCUUUGUUCGUCUCGCAGGCCUUUCUUCGUUAUGCAUCUAAACAUGCGGUCGUUAUAGACAUCAAUUCAUCUGCUGCCCAUGUGAACUUCGGUGCUGGCUUUGCCGCAUACAACGUCGCCAAGUUGGCGGUAUUCCGACUUUGGGACUCUGUGGCUGCUGGAAACCCAGAUCUUAGUAUAUUCCAUAUCCAGCCAGGUAUUGUGGACACAGACAUGAACAAGGAAGCGGGAGGUGUCAAAGCCAUUGGUAUCGAAGAUCAUGUUUCUCUCCCUGCAAACUUUAGUGUUUGGCUGGCAAGCCCCGAGGCUCAAUUCUUGAAGGGCAAGUACUUGUGGGCAAACUGGGAUAUUGAUGAGUUGAAGGUCAAGGCGAAGGAGAUCGAAGGCAGUGGUUUCCUUAACAUCGGGCUUGGUGGGUGGCCGUUCCAAAACGCUGACUGGAGUGCCACUUGGAAGAGUUGA